AAUGCUCUACAAUCUUUCGUCAGGAACCCAACACCUACUAACCAUUGAGAAUUUUAAGGGUAAUGUCUCAACCAACGCAUUUAUUGAAUUGAUAUCCCAGGGAAUCAUCGAUGACUUGGAUGAAAAAGAACAAAAAGCUGCAUUUGACCCUAAACCUUUUAUUCGAACAUUCGAAAAUGUCUUGGAUGAGCUCAGUGUAUUACGCACUCAUGUACAAGAACAAUGCGAUGAACUGGAGUCCAGUGUUCAAGUGGCUGAACUACAAUAUAGAAAAAGUGUGGUUGACUUGCAUGGAUCAUUCGAUGAAGUAUAUCGUUCAUAUGAUAAUCUAGAAAGUCGAAUCGGAGAAGUUGGAAAAACUGCUAUUCGGAUAGGAGAGCAAUUAGAGAGUAUUGACAAGCAACGUUCAAGAGCAUCAGAAAGUCGUGAUAUUAUUGAAUAUUAUAUGGAAUUCCAAGAAGAUAGCUCCGAGAGAUUAGAUUCGCUCAGAUAUCAUGGUGGAGAUGAAGGCCAGGUUAAGGCUGCUAUAAUUGCCAGAAGAUUGAGUGCAGUAGCUAAAGAAGUCGAUGCCAAUGACGAGGCAAAAGCUUCUAUUGAAAAGUUUUGUGAGAGUUUCGAAAAAGAAAUACUCGAGGAAUUCGACAUGGCUUACAAAGAUGGCGACCCGCGAAUUAUGGGGCAUUGUGCCAAAGUGCUGUUUGAAUUCAAUGGGGGAGCUUCUUGUAUUCAAACCUAUGUUAAUCAGCACGAAUUCUUUAUGUCAAAUAUGAAAAUCGAAGAAAUGGAAGAGCUCCGUUAUUCAGAAGAUCAUUCUACUUUGUCUGAUCCCAAUGUUCCACCCCCGGAAGUAGACACAAGUCUCGUCAAGCUCUAUGAUGAUAUUCGAAUCACUGUACGCAGAGAAGCUGAGAUCAUCUCAAAUGUAUUCCCACAGCCUGCUACUGUCAUGCAAGUAUUCCUACAGAGAAUAUUUGAGCAAUCGAUUCAAGAUCAUGUUGAACGCCUUCUUAUGAAAGCCGAAAGAAUGUCAAAUUUAGCUUAUCUUCGUAUGCUUGCAUCAACGCAUGCCGAAACAAAGCGCUUGAUAGAAAAUUUGAAGUUCUACUGUGAUAAAGAAGCUUCGUUUGUCAAUUCUGUUGACGCAAAUGGUCUAGUAGCUUCGAUAUCCUUAGACCAGACAUUAGAUCGGUGUAUGGCCGACUUGUUCGUUCCAUACACUGAAGGAGAACGGUACCUGACACGCGAAAGAUUGACACUGAACGAGUUGUUUGGAAGUAUUGUUGCUGAAUUCUUAAGUUACAUGCAACAACGCAAAAAGACAUCACUUCGAAACCAGUCAGUCCUAACUCGCACACUCAACCAAAUCUCCGCUUCCACUUCUAGUGGGCUUUCGCCAAUACCACCAGUGCCCAUGGGAAGUGACAUAAAUGGAUCAGCCUCCCCCACAAAUCCUUUUGAGCGUAGUUCGGAACCAAGAAGAGCUAUUUCUAACCUUGUCAAGGUGGAUGACAAUGGCUUUUGCUUGAUUUCAAAUGAGACCAUCUUGCGUGCCCUCAGUAUUCACGCUGAGGCUAUUGUUCGGUGUGUUGAGCUUUCGGACACGCAAGACUUGCCUUCUUCUAUCAAAAAAUUAUAUGGGCUGUUAGUAGAUUUCAUGGAUGUAAAAUACCUCGAUAUUGUGUUGGACGAUGUUAUUGAGGAGUUGGGAAAUACAAAGGUUGAGCCAGAAAUGACUUGUUUCCCAGUGAUUAAAACAACUACCCACAUGAUACAACUUUUGCAAGAGCAUUUCCAGACUGCAGUGGUGCCCUUGGUUGCUUGUUCUCCAGCUGUACAUAAAGAGAUUCUUAUAAACAAGAAUUCAUUUAUGUCUCUUUUGGAGCAUAAAGUAAACACACUUCUUCAAAAGAUCAUUGACAGUGCAUCUUUUUGGUUGGGUGAAAUUCUUGCUAGACAAAAGAAGAAUGACUUUAGACCAAAAGAUGAGGAGGUGGUGAUGAUGAGCAUGGGUACUUUGCCUUGUCUCCAAUCUGUGGAGUUCAUCACUCGAAUUUACAAGGCCUCAUGUAAGACCCUUCAAGGAAAGAACCUCGAGAUGUUUUUGAUGAUUAUCGGAAAUGGGUUCCACGCCCAAUUGCUGGAUCACUUCAAAAAAUAUUUUGUGACACCAACGGGUGGGCUCUUGGUUACAAAAGACAUUGCAAAAUACCAAGAGGUCAUUCGAAUGUUCAAGAUCCCCUCUUUGGAUGACCGAUUUGAGGUGCUCCGACAGAUAGGAAACAUGUUCUUGGUUAAACCAGAGAUUUUGCGCUCUAUUCUGUCAGAGGGUUACCUUGCUCGCCUUGACCCGAGCGCACUGUAUCCAUAUCUCGAAAAGAGAGUUGACUUCAAGAGUGCCAAAUUGGAUCGCUUGCUUGGCAUAUCUGUGGAUGAAAACGGGGCUGUCACAAAGGCAACUGGAGACACAGGUGGAAAGACACAGAGAAGAUCUCUGUUUGUUAGUGACAAUGUGGUAUUGAAAGAGAUGAUGAAGAACUACAACAACAACCGUGAGUUCUUGUCAGCAUUCAACCUAGCCUAAAUAAUGAUUAUAUUUAUAUAUAAAUCAUCUAUUUUUCUUUGUUUCUUUCGAGAAUUUUUCAUUUGUACUUUUACAAAUCGAAUAAUCAAAACAUAUACAAAUAUAUAUAUAUAUAUAUAUAUAUUAAUGAAGAUAAUAUAUAAAUAUUGAAUUUAAUUAGAUUUGGUGUAAAUAUUAUUACUUUAAUAUAAAAAGAAAAACUACUAGUUAAAUAAAGCCUAGACUAUAUUAUAUAAAUGAACCUCCAUACAUAUAUAUAUAUAUAUAUAUAUAUUACCGGUGGUUUUUUUUAUUUGGUUUUUAUUUAUUUCUU